GAAUGCCUUACCUUCGUCGUUGCGUCGAAGUCCACUUACUUUCCUGGGAGCUCGGUCCCUAGCAUACUCCAACGCUAAGGUUUCAAGGGGAAUUUGGAAGCUGGAGGGCUGCUUCAGCCACCACAGCGCUUUUUUGUGGACGCCGGAAGAGUCUAUCACUCAGACGGCCAUUAACCAGUUUGGUGCCCAGUCAGCGAAGCGGGAGCCAUGCCUGUCCCCGCUGGAUACAUUAGCGACUCCCAUUGCGCGGCCUUCGCGUCCUCGGCCUCACUUAUCCCUCCGCCCCCGAUCAACACCCAGCAACCCGGUGUUGUCACCUCGCUGUUGUACAGCGGCUCCAAGUUCAGAGGGCACCAAAAGAGCAAAGGGAACUCUUACGACGUGGAAGUUGUUUUACAGCACGUCACCAUGGAGGACUCUUACUUGUGUGGUUACCUGAAAAUAAAAGGACUCACUGAGGAAUACCCAACUCUAACUACGUUUUUUGCUGGUGAAAUUAUCAGCAGAAAACGGCCAUUUCUUACCAGGAAGUGGGAUGCAGAUGAGGAUGUGGAUCGUAAACACUGGGGCAAGUUCCAAGCCUUCUACCAGUAUGCAAAGACUUUCAACUCGGAUGAUUUUGACUAUGAGGACCUUAAAAAUUCUGACUAUAUUUUCAUGAGGUGGAAGGAACAGUUCCUGGUCCCGGACCACACAAUCAAAGACAUCAGCGGCGCUUCCUUUGCUGGAUUUUACUACAUUUGCUUCCAGAAAUCCACAGCAACAAUUGAGGGCUACUACUACCACAGGAGCUCAGAAUGGUAUCAGUCGCUAAACCUCACUCACGUCCCAGAGCACAGCGCCGCCAUCUAUGAGUUCCGGUGACCCUGGCUGGCAUCGUGGAUCUUUUGUUGGAUGGGCUUAAGGCAAAGCAGAGGUCUGCGGAUGCUACUGAGACCAGGAAAAGACAAUUUGGGAUUUUUGAAGAAGUGUCAAGCAUACACAACAUGCUCAUCUUUGGGAUGGACAGAGUGUGGAUCAGCGGAUGCGAGAGGACACUUGAAUGUAUGUCUAUUGGAUGAGGUAAAAAAACAAACAAAAAAUCCCCAGGCAAUGCAGUUCUGCUCCCUGGCUAAGCGUGGACAGUCAGAACCAGCUUCAGAGCCCUGGUGUGGUUCUUACCCGUCAUUUGUGUAUUUUUCAAGAAAAUACUUGGCACCCUUCCUGAAGACACUUUAUAGGCGAAGUUGGGAAGCCAAGUGCAUCAAAAUAUUUGACCAGGGUUGGACAGUGGCUCCUAGGAGGAGUCUGAGAGAAAGAACUCUUCAGGUUUUAGGAAUGGAGCUUUAAUCAGCCCAUAAGCUGUACAUGACAGUAUAAACAGUAUUUUGUUGAAGUUGUGGUUGUUUGCCUGCCAAGAGGAUAUUUUUGUGAUUCUACUCUAAAAGAUGGACACUCAGCGACACUUUUAAGGCUCCCAAGUGGGUGACACACAAAGCAAGUUCCCCUUCCUCCCCUCGUGUCCAUCAAAUUUGCUUUUUAAUCACAUGUGGUGUUCCAUUGUUACUUUUGCACAAAGAUGGACAACACGUUACUAACACUUGCUCACAUACUUAGGUACACAAGCUCAAAGCUGAAUGGAGAAAAAGCUUUUUAUCUACUCAAUAAGGUUUGACUGCUUGGAGUGAUGAGAGACAAAUCAGUCAUUAUAGUAAGUAUUAUAACAGAGUAUUUUUUACGCAGAUCUGCACUGCAUUAAACAAAGAGCUUUUAUGUGUCCUUUUUAAAUUAUAGACCCCCUUUUCCUUACAUUGAGGUCUCUUUGACUAUGCAACAUGUUCAACAUAGCACUCUCCAAACAUCAAACCUCCAUUUGCAGAGAUUUUAUUCUUGCCCUUUCCCUCUUUCCCUAGAGUAUAUGAAACAAACACCUUAUCUUCAUUAAAAGGAAAUAUUUUUGUUAAAUUCCCUGUGAAGUCUUUUCCUAAUGGUCUUCCCUUGUCAUGUGACUGUGCCAUGUUUUUAAAAGUUUAUCAAGAGUUGUACUAUAACAGAUCAGGAGAUGUAUUUGCUUGAGAUAAAGUCUGAGUUGGAUUGACAGACUGUUGAAUGACCUGUGGAUUUGAAAAGAGAAAUCA